AACGAGCAGAAAAGGAUGAGGAAGAAAGAUCUCGCAGAUUAAUAGAGGAGCAAAUAGAGAGAGCUCAGAAGGAAGCUGAUAAUCCAGGACUAGAUGAAGAAAAGUUUACGGAGCUCAAACGAAGCAAUGAAGAAGAUAAGAUAAAACUCAACAUUUCAUUAGUAAAAUCAGAAUCUUCCGUUUCGUCUUCUACCGUUAAACCCGAUUCAUCUACCACAACUACACCUUCUACUAAUGGUUCCACUCACACUAGCAUCUCAUUUAAUAAACCUACUUCCCAAAAAAUGUCACUUAGUGCGUUAGCUAAAAAAUCCGGUUCUUUGAAUGUACAGAAAAAAGAAAAAGAGAAAGAAAAAGAACAGCCAAAGAAAGUAACGGCUAUGGAACAGAUUAUUAUAGAUGAGAUGGCGAGAAAGAAAAGAAUGGAAACUAUGAAUGAAAAUGGAAACAAAAAGAAGGAUGAUCAGAGAGAUCAGAGAGAUAGAGAAAAAUAUAAGGAAGAUCAGAGAGAAAGAGAAAAAUAUAAGGAAGAUCAAAGAGAAAGAGAAAAAUAUAAGGAAGAUCCGAGAGAAAGAGAAAAAUAUAAGGAAGAUCAGAGAGAAAGAGAAAAAUAUAAGGAAGAUCAGAGAGAUAGAGAAAAAUAUAAGGAAGAUCGAGAAAAAUAUAAGGAAGAUCAGAGAGAUAGAGAAAAAUAUAAGGAAAGAAGAAGGGAGAGGAGUAGAUCAUAUGAUCGAGAGUCAAAAAGA